CACCCCAAGUCUGUCCUCGAUGCCGUCAGCCUUGGCCAUCUUCACUUGUCGCCCGAACUCACACCCGUUUCAGGAGCGUCAUGUCUACCUGGACGAGCCUAUUAAAAUCGGCCGCUCGGUGGCCCGCUGUCGACCAGCGCAGAAUAAUGCUACCUUUGAUUGCAAAGUGCUGUCAAGGAACCAUGCUCUCGUCUGGUUUGAUCACAAGACGGGCAAGUUUUAUCUCCAAGACACUAAAAGUAGUAAUGGUACCUUUAUAAAUAGUCAGAGAUUGAGUCGAGGCUCUGAAGAAAGUCCACCAUGUGAAAUUCUUUCCGGUGACAUUAUCCAGUUUGGGGUAGAUGUGACGGAGAACACACGGAAAGGUACGGUUACCCAUGGGUGUAUUGUUUCCACAAUAAAACUUUUUCUACCAGAUGGUAUGGAAGCCCGGCUCCGCUCAGAUGUCAUCCAUGCUCCAUUACCAAGUCCUGUUGACAAAGUUGCUGCUAACACUCCAAGUAUGUACUCUCAGGAACUCUUCCAGCUUUCUCAGUAUCUUCAGGAGGCCUUACAUCGGGAACAGAUGUUGGAACAGAAGUUAGCCACGCUUCAGCGGCUACUAGCCAUCACCCAAGAGGCUUCAGAUACCAGUUGGCAGGCUUUAAUAGAUGAAGAUAGACUCUUAUCACGGUUAGAGGUUAUGGGAAACCAAUUACAGGCUUGCUCCAAAAAUCAAACAGAAGAUAGUUUACGGAAGGAACUUAUAGCGUUACAGGAGGAUAAACACAACUACGAGACGACAGCCAAAGAGUCCCUGAGGCGGGUUCUUCAGGAGAAAAUUGAAGUGGUUAGAAAACUUUCAGAAGUUGAGCGAAGUCUGAGUAAUACUGAAGAUGAAUGUACCCACCUGAAAGAAAUGAAUGAACGGACUCAGGAAGAAUUAAGAGAAUUAGCCAAUAAAUAUAAUGGAGCAGUUAAUGAGAUUAAAGAUUUAUCUGAUAAAUUAAAGGUAGCAGAGGGAAAACAAGAGGAAAUCCAACAGAAGGGACAAGCUGAGAAAAAAGAAUUACAACAUAAAAUAGAUGAAAUGGAAGAAAAAGAACAGGAGCUCCAGGCAAAAAUAGAAGCUUUGCAAGCUGAUAAUGACUUCACCAAUGAAAGGCUAACAGCUUUACAAGUACGGUUAGAACAUCUUCAAGAGAAAACUCUUAAAGAAUGCAGCAGCUUAGGGACACAAGUUGAUGACUUCUUACCUAAAAUAAAUGGGAGCACAGAAAAAGAGCACUUGCUUUCAAAGAGUGGCGGGGACUGCACUUUUAUUCAUCAAUUCAUAGAAUGCCAGAAGAAGCUGAUCGUUGAGGGGCAUCUAACCAAAGUGGUAGAAGAAACAAAGCUUUCAAAAGGUUCGUUUUCUGUGGGUUUCUGUGGCAUUUUUCUGUGGGUUUUGACAACUCUUUUGGAUAAUGAAGAGAACCAGGCAAGAGCAAAGGAAUCUGAUUUGUCAGAUACUCUGAGUCCAAGCAAGGAGAAAAGUAGUGACGACACUACAGACGCCCAAAUGGAUGAGCAAGACCUAAAUGAACCCUUUGCUAAAGUGUCCCUCUUAAAAGAUGACUUGCAGGGUGCACAGUCAGAAAUUGAGGCAAAACAAGAAAUUCAGCAUCUUCGGAAGGAAUUGAUUGAAGCCCAGGAACUAGCUAGAGCAAGUAAACAAAAAUGCUUUGAACUUCAAGCUCUUUUGGAAGAAGAAAGAAAAGCCUAUCGAAAUCAAGUUGAGGAAUCCACUAAACAAAUACAGGUUCUUCAAGCCCAACUGCAGAGGUUACACGUCAAUAUUGAGAAUCUCCGGGAGGAGAAGGACAGUGAAAUCACAAGCACUCGAGAUGAAUUGCUUAGUGCCCGAGAUGAAAUUUUACUCCUUCAUCAAGCAGCAGAAAAGGCUGCCUCCGAGCGGGACACUGACAUUGCUUCUCUACAAGAAGAGCUUAAGAAAGUGCGAGCUGAGCUUGAGCGGUGGCGGAAAGCAGCAUCUGAAUAUGAGAAAGAAAUCAUGAGUUUGCAAACUACUUUUCAGCUUCGAUGUCAGCAAUGUGAGGACCAGCAGAGAGAAGAAGCAACGAGGCUACAGGGUGAACUAGAGAAGUUGAGAAAGGAAUGGAAUGUAUUGGACGCCGAAUGCCGUUCUCUAAAAAAGGAAAAUGUUUUGCUAUCAUCAGAACUGCAGCGGCAAGAAAAAGAAUUGCACAAUUCUCAGAAGCAGAGUUUAGAGCUUACCAGUGAUCUCAGCAUCCUGCAGAUGACUAGGAAAGAGCUUGAGAAUCAAGUGGGAUCCUUGAAAGAACAGCAUCUUCGGGAUUCAGCUGAUUUAAAGACUCUUCUCAGUAAGGCUGAAAACCAAGCAAAGGAUGUACAGAAAGAGUAUGAAAAGACACAGACUGUACUGUCAGAACUGAAGUUGAAGUUUGAAAUGACUGAGCAGGAAAAACAAUCAAUCACAGAUGAGCUCAAACAAUGUAAAGACAACCUGAAGCUGCUCCGAGAGAAAGGAAAUAAUCCUUCCAUAUUACAGCCCGUCCCAGCCGUAUUCAUCGGCCUAUUCCUGGCUUUCCUGUUUUGGUGUUUCGGUCCAUUGUGGUAGAGAAAGAAACCCUGGCCCUGGAUGCCCAUGUUGGCUGCCCUGGUUGCGGUGACAGCCAUCGUGCUGUACGUGCCAGGUCUGGCUAGAGCUUCUCCAUGAGAGCGUUUCUUGAGUCCGUACACCGUCCUCCCUCUAGAAGCUGGCACCACACUUAUGCUGGGGACAAACAGAACCAUUUUCUUCCUUUUUACCUCUUAAAACAGCAGAAGUGCAAGAAUACAGCUGUAGGGUCAUUGCUUUAAAUUAUAUAAAAUGUAUCUGUCUAUAAAGAGGAUAUAAAAUUGUGACUUUAUUCUACUGUAAGCAAUAAUUUGCUUGCAAUUUUUCAUGUAAUUUUUAAAUUAGUAUGUUGAAAUUCUGAAUAUUAUGGUGGCCUAAAGUAGGCUUCUUGGUACACCAAAUUAUUUAUAACAUUAAAUUUAUGGGUAUUUUACUCUGAAUUCUAAUGGCCAGAUAAUUCAUUUUUUUGAUUCGAUAACUACCCAAACCAAACAACUGAUACAUACAUGGGAAGAGAGGCCCUGUGUGCUCAGUGCCUAUCAGUUUGAAUAUAUA